AUGGAACUAGUUAUAGAUAGUUUCCAAGACAUGUGCAAGAAGAGUGAUCUAGAUUUUGGGUGGAUCUCCAAUCUGGCAGAGAUAUGUAACCAACAAGGUCUGAAAGUCGUCGACAAUUUCCGCCUUCCUUGUAAUGACAUAUUGAGACAAAUGACAACGGACAAUUAUUUGAUGGGCCUUGAAGAUCUGGGAUAUGUCGUUUCGGAGAGAGCACUUGGGGAAAGAACAGCUUAUAGACUGGCGUUCAACAAAGCGGUACUGGAGACGAGAAAAGGGGUUAGCAUUUCUAUGGAUAUGAUUGUUGUUGUGUGUCAAUUGGAGAAGAAGUGAUUGCA